AUGAUAUGCAGUGUACGGGCAAACGGAGGAACUAAAAUUCGGCCGAUGCCUUUAUCUCUGGAAGCACCUCCGCCAUACACUGAAGUAAAAAAGGACGCGGCCCUGAAAGGUGGUAUAUCUUCAAUGAGUGCUGUCAGCGCGAAUUUGCCGAAGUUGCCAAAAUCUGAGACAGCGAGCUCAGCCAGUGCACAAUCGGCUGCUACUCUACUCCCAACAUUGUCUCCUGUGCUGAAUCAACAGCCUGCUCUUCCAAAAUCCGCGAUUUCAAGUGCACAGUCUUCGGACGAUGCAACACCCUAUCCUACAGUUCCAGCAGUGCCGCUUACAGUUCCUACUAAUUUGUCGAAUCAGACAUCAAAACAUCCAAAUAGCUCAAGUAGCAGCGCUCCAACGGCUCUACAACCAACUUCUGGUACUGCGAUGGGAAAGGGACUUUCGGCGGUAAAAUGA